CAUUGUGAGCACGUGACUUCAAAGAUGGACAACUGGAUCUGUUAUAAGUUGUGAUUGGCCUUAAGCUGACUUACAACCAUUGAAGAACUUAACAGGAUUUCUCUCAUUCCUGAUUUAUGCCUAUCUAAUUGCCUCACACCACCAGCUUAAUCAUGUAUGGAAGUGCUCGGUCAGUUGGUAAGGUUGAGCCAAGCAACCAGAGUCCAGGGCGUUCACCAAGGCUGCCACGGUCACCACGCUUGGGCCAUCGUCGAACCAACAGCACAGGAGGCAGUUCUGGGAGUAGUACUGGGGGUGGCAGUGGGAAAACCCUUUCUAUGGAAAAUAUUCAGUCCUUAAAUGCUGCCUAUGCUACGUCUGGCCCUAUGUAUCUGAGUGACCAUGAGAACGUGGGUGCAGACACCCCAAAAAGCACCAUGACUUUGGGCCGAUCUGGGGGGCGGCUGCCUUACGGUGUUAGGAUGACUGCAAUGGGUAGCAGCCCUAACAUUGCCAGUAGUGGAGUUGCCAGUGAUACUAUUGCAUUUGGAGAGCACCAUCUCCCUCCAGUGAGUAUGGCAUCCACUGUGCCUCACUCACUGCGCCAGGCCAGGGAUAACACAAUAAUGGAUCUGCAGACGCAACUCAAAGAAGUAUUAAGGGAAAACGAUCUGCUUCGCAAGGAUGUGGAGGUGAAAGAAAGCAAGCUGAGUUCUUCCAUGAACAGUAUCAAGACAUUCUGGAGUCCUGAGCUAAAAAAGGAGAGAGCUCUGAGGAAGGAUGAAGCUUCAAAAAUCACCAUUUGGAAGGAACAAUAUAGAGUUUUGCAAGAAGCAAACCAGCAUAUGCAGAUGACUAUCCAGGCUCUCCAAGAUGAACUUCGGAUCCAGCGGGACCUGAACCAGCUGUUCCAGCAGGACAGCAACACUAGAACCAGUGAGCCCUUUGUGGCAGAGCUGACAGAGGAGAACUUCCAACGACUUCAUGCAGAGCAUGAACGCCAGGCCAAGGAACUCUUCCUGCUACGUAAAACCUUAGAAGAGAUGGAACUGCGUAUUGAGACGCAGAAACAGACCUUAAAUGCACGUGAUGAGUCCAUCAAAAAGCUGCUGGAGAUGCUGCAGAGUAAAGGUCUGUCAGCAAAAGCCACUGAAGAAGAUCAUGAGCGAACAAGACGGUUGGCUGAGGCAGAGAUGCAUGUGCACCACUUGGAGAGCCUUCUCGAACAGAAGGAAAAAGAAAACAACAUGCUGAGAGAGGAGAUCCAUCGUCGAUUCGAAAAUGCUCCUGACACAGCCAAGACAAAGGCUCUGCAAACUGUUAUUGAGAUGAAGGAUUCAAAAAUUUCUUCCAUGGAGCGUGGCCUCCGGGAUUUGGAAGAGGAGAUUCAGAUGUUGAAGUCAAAUGGAGCUCUGAGCACAGAGGAACGUGAAGAGGAAAUGAAGCAAAUGGAGGUGUACCGUAGUCAUUCCAAAUUCAUGAAAAAUAAGGUAGAGCAACUGAAGGAAGAGCUAAGUGCCAAAGAGGCCCAAGGGGAGGACCUGAAAAAAAGAGUGGCUGGUCUCCAGGCCGAGAUUGGUCAGGUGAAACAGGAGCUGUCACGCAAAGACACUGAGUUGCUGGCCUUGCAGACAAAGCUGGAGACCCUCACAAAUCAGUUCUCUGACAGCAAGCAGCAUAUUGAGGUUCUGAAAGAGUCUCUUACAGCUAAAGAGCAAAGGGCUGCCAUCCUGCAGACAGAGGUGGAUGCGUUACGAUUACGUCUAGAAGAGAAGGAGACUAUGCUAAAUAAGAAGACAAAGCAGAUUCAGGAGAUGGCAGAGGAGAAGGGGACUCAAGCAGGAGAGAUCCAUGACCUCAAGGACAUGUUAGAGGUGAAGGAACGCAAAGUUAAUGUUCUUCAGAAGAAGAUUGAAAAUCUUCAAGAACAGUUAAGAGACAAGGAGAAGCAAAUGAGCAGCUUAAAGGAUCGAGUGAAAUCCUUGCAGGCUGACACCACAAAUACUGACACUGCCUUGACCACACUGGAAGAAGCACUUGCAGAAAAAGAAAGGACCAUUGAGCGCCUAAAGGAGCAACGUGACAGAGAUGAACGAGAAAAACAGGAAGAGAUCGACAACUACAAAAAAGACAUUAAGGACCUCAAAGAGAAAGUCAGCAUUUUACAAGGAGAUCUCACAGAGAAAGAGUCAUCCUUACUGGAUCUGAAGGAACAUGCUUCAUCCUUAGCUUCAUCAGGACUGAAGAAAGAUUCAAGACUCAAGACACUGGAAAUUGCAUUGGAACAGAAAAAGGAAGAAUGUUUGAAGAUGGAAACUCAAUUGAAGAAGGCUCAUGAGGCAACACUGGAGGCUAGGGCCAGCCCAGAGCUGAGUGAUCGUAUGCAGCAGCUGGAAAGGGAGGUGACACGGUAUCGGGAAGAAUCUAGCAAGGCUCAAGCUGAAGUGGAUCGUCUUCUGGAAAUCUUGAAAGAGAUGGAAAAUGAGAAGAAUGAUAAGGAUAAGAAGAUAGCAGAACUGGAGAGGCAAGUUAAAGAUCAAAAUAAGAAAGUAGCAAAUCUGAAGCACAAAGAGCAAGUGGAGAAAAAGAAGAGUGCACAGAUGCUGGAGGAGGCCAGGAGACGAGAGGAUAAUCUUAAUGACAGCUCCCAACAGCUUCAGGACAAUCUACGUAAAAAGGAUGAUCGGAUUGAAGAAUUGGAAGAAGCACUCAGAGAAAGUGUUCAGAUAACUGCAGAGCGGGAAAUGGUGCUAGCACAAGAGGAGUCAGCCAGGAUCAAUGCUGAGAAACAGGUAGAAGAGCUGAUGAUGGCCAUGGAGAAGGUUAAGCAAGAGCUGGAGUCAAUGAAAGCAAAAUUGUCCUCUACACAACAGUCUUUGGCUGAGAAGGAAACCCAUUUGACCAACCUACGAGCUGAAAGAAGGAAACAUUUGGAGGAAGUCCUGGAAAUGAAACAAGAAGCCCUUCUUGCUGCCAUUAGUGAAAAAGAUGCCAAUAUUGCUCUGCUAGAACUUUCAUCCUCUAAGAAGAAGACCCAAGAUGAAGUGGCUGCACUGAAACGAGAGAAGGACCGUCUUGUGCAACAGCUGAAGCAGCAGACUCAGAACCGUAUGAAGCUGAUGGCUGACAACUACGAGGAUGACCACCUCAAAUCCUCAUCCCAUUCCAACCAAACCAACCACAAGCCCUCCCCUGACCAGAUAAUUCAGCCCCUCUUAGAACUUGAUCAGAAUCGCAGCAAGUUGAAGUUGUACAUUGGACAUCUGACAGCCCUCUGCCAUGACCGUGACCCCCUGAUUCUGCGUGGACUCACCCCACCUGCUUCCUACCACCUGGAUGAUGACCGGGCAGCUUGGGAGAAAGAGCUGCAGAAGAUGACCCAGGAACAGCUUCAUGACGAGUUAGAAAAGGGCGAGAAGGAAAGCGCAGAGCUGCAGGAGUUUGCCAAUGCCAUCUUACAGCAGAUAGCGGAUCACUGCCCUGACAUCCUGGAGCAAGUCGUCAAUGCACUUGAGGAGUCAUCAUGACCUCGGCCGCUAGCCCCACUGGAGCAGCACACCAGUGGCCAAGCCCAGUCAGUCCAAGGAGCCAUGAGAGUGGAGAGGAAUGUGAAAGACAGAAAAUGAAAUAGAAACUUCUGGUGCACCUUUUACAAAGAAAACAAAAGCAAAAAAACCCUCUAAAAACUACAUGCUCUCUAGGUUCUCACAGUCUAUGAUUAAUCAGUCAUGUUUGCAUUCAUCUUCUCACUGCCUUUCUACUUUAGAAUCCGAUUCCCCAUUGACUUUGUUGAUGGUGACUUUUGGAUACAGCUAAGCAGAGCUCUUCCAAGUCUACUGAGCAAAGAAGAGGGGAUCCACUGAACACAAGCAGCUCUAGUUCUCCAUGAGGUUGCAGAA